AUGCCACAAAAAGGUCGAAUACAUAUGGAUUUAACUCCUAAGGAAUGUGAUUUACUUACAGCAAAUGCCAACUUUACUGAAAAAGAAAUUCAGGAAUGGCAUGCGGAUUUUCUUCGUCAGUUUCCGUCAGGAACACUCGAUAAAAAGACAUUUUCAGAUUAUUAUCAGAAAUUACAACCAAAUGAUGAAGCAGAUAUUGCGCAAAUAUUUGAUCGUAUCGAUAUAAAUGAUGAUGGUACGAUAGAUUUCAAUGAACUGCUUGUAUUGAUUGCUGUUAGAAAAAAAUUUGGCAAUUUAGAACAACGACUGGACUUUGUAUUUGAUCUUUGGGAUGAUUCUGAUGAUGGGAAAAUCGAUCGAAAAGAAUUAACUAAUUGGAUAUCAGCUAUGUACUAUCGUGCAGGUGUAAUGGACCAAAACAGUGAAUGGGAUCCGAAAAAACGUGCGAAAGAAAUCAUCGCUAAACUAGAUAUCAGUGGUGAUAAAAAAUUAAGCAAACAAGAAUUUAUAAAUGGAUGCAAGAACGAUCCAGUUAUUUAUGGUCUAUUAGUUCCACAUACUUAA